UUGAUGCUGGACAUAUUUUUCUUUUGAAGGAGAGUGCUAAAAAGAAAUUUGGAAGGGGCCAAGGAGUUUUUCUUCAGCAGCUCUUAAUUAUUUCACCUGAGUAUUAACAAUAGACUAGUGUAGCAUUUUUGAACUUCUUGUAAAUGGCUCACUACAAGCAUUUUUAUGGGAAAAGAAAGAAUCAUGUAGACUUGUUUCGUAUCUCUUCCUUUGUUCCUGAAACCACAACUUCCGAUAAAACAGCAUGUCAUUAUCUGCUAUCAGCUCCCUUUGUAUCUCUGGGAGGACUUUCACCAUCUGAGAAAGAAAUAGCAAAGAUUUCAGGACCCAUGAAACCACGUUUCUUCCGCAAUCAAGCAGGACCCACCAAUCGCUGGCAAUUUCCAUUCAGUUCACCCUGUGACUUACUAGGAAUUUCACAGAGUGCUAAAGCGAAACAAGAUGGCCUCCAUAAGAACUUGAUUAGAAUAAUGACAGUUGAUAGCCCUAUGCCUUGGGGGGAAGAAUUUGGGGGCUGGAAAACAAGUGCAGAACUUCUCGAUGAAUCUAUUGGCCAAUCUUUUUCACAUAUGCGGUCCCAAAUCAAACCCAAACCCAGGACAUUCUCCCGCCAAAGAUUGCCCAAUCAGAUGCUUUUUUCUUAUACACAGAAGAUCACAGAAGGCAUGGAACCAGAUGUAACUUUGGACUGUUUGGGCUAUGAAUGGGAACUUCACCGAAUGUAUUUAUUUAAAUCCCACGUCCUUUCACAACUUCUUGCUGAAGCAGAACAGAAUAGCUACUCCCCAAACACAAGAAGCGUAUUGAAAUCUAGAAAAGAAACCCGUUGUUAUAAGUGCUGUCUACUAACUGGUCAUAAGCCUGAUGAAUUCUGCCAACAGAAGGAAAAAUUGCCAAAAGUCACUAUUGCUCUGAAUAUUACUGAUCAAGAUGUCACUCGGUUUGCCUUUGCUGUUGCACUCAAGAACAUGUACAAUUCUGAAUCAGAAGUGAAUGAAGAAGAUGUUCUAGGAAUUCUGGCUGCAGCGGAAGUGUUACAGUUCCCUAGCCUUUUCCAAAAGUGCAUCCAAGUCAUGAGAAGAAGCAUCUGUCCUACCAAUGUCUGUAGGUAUUAUACUGCAGGCUGCAAGUAUAAGCAACCUUCCUUGAUCACUAUCUGUGAAAGAUGGACUGAGGUAAACCUUGUCCCACAGCUUGGCUCACAGAUAUGUCUGCGGAACCUGCCACUGGAGCUGCUACAGAAAGUGCUUAAAUCUCCAAGGUUGUUUACCAUCAAUGAAUUCUACCUCUUGAGAACUGCACUAUACUGGGUAUUCCUGCAGCAAAAUCCCAAAAUUCAGAUAAUCCCAUCUUAUAAUACUAUCCUCACAUAUUUUAGCAGUUUACCCAAGACCUGUGCCUUCCUGGAAAGGGAAGAAGGACAGCAAUACAUGGCUAUCUUUCAGUCUCUCCGUUUACAUGGCAUUACUUCAAGUAGACAUCUAGAGGAGCUAUGGGAAAUCAAUUUCUUUCCUUUGCCAUGGCUUACAAGGAUCUUGUCUGAUCACUACCAUGCACUAGAAAAUGGUGGUGACAUGGCCUUUCAGGCAGAUUUUAACACUCAAGCAGUGAGAUUUGGUCUUAUGCUCAGGGAGGAACCAAGAUAUCAUGCAGAAGUAAUUUCCAUUUAUGGAUUCUUCUUCGAGCUAAAAGCAGUAAAACAUGAUGCUUCAGCAUACAGUUUUUACAUGAAAAGAGUCAGACAUGCAGAUCCAAUUAUCUCUUACUUUACUGCUGAGCGCAGUCCUGUCAAUUUACAGAAAGAACGGGAAGUUAAGUAUGAAAUAAAAGCACAGUGCCAAAUAGAUGGAAAGUGGCAAGAAUUCACCACAGAAAGGCUGACUCAAAGCUUUGGAGUAAAGAAAUCUUCUUCUAAAAGCAAGCUGGCCUGCAGCCAACUUCAUUGUGAUUCCCAUAAAUAGUGGUGAUGAAGCAAUAAGAUUACCAUGCCAACCCACUCCAGCUUCCCCUCCCACUGCACAAAUUCCACAGGAAGCACACCAAAAUUAUAGAUGGUUCCAGAUGAAUAUACAAUAUGCAUGAUUCAUGACAAUUAGAGCAGAUGUUGAUAUUACCCUUUAACAUGGGUAUUAUGUUUUACCUGUUUUCUCCCCCUUUUUAAUCUUAACAAUUGUAAGGCAGAAAAACUGAGCACAAAUCUUCACAGGAGUAGAUAUGUUCCAUCAGGCUCUCAUCAAAUUGGAUUUAGUUAAGAAAUGGCUGUUUUCCUUUUCCUUAUUUUCUGUCUCUUUGGAGCAACUAAACAACUAUUGAAAUUUCUGUAUAGAUUUUUCUUUAUGCAGGUGGUCCUCAACUUACAACUAGUACAAUGACUGCAAUAAUUUACAACCAAAAUUCCAGGGCCAAUUGUGAUCUCAAGUCAAGGACUACCUGUAUAUAAAUUGUUUCAAUAUAUACAAUCUUUAUAGAAUUUUUAAUGGAUUUUAAUUAAAGUGUUCUUCAUCCUUUGGAGAUAAAUUA